AUGUCGUCACGAGCGGACCACCCUCCCGUGCGGGAUUCAGGGUCUCCGACGGGUGAACAGCAUGGCACGCCCGAAGACAGACGACCGCAGUAUCAACGAUCCAACGGUGGCUCAUUUGGGCGACGAGCUAUCCCACCAAGCGAUGGCCGCGCGAGUGGUGAACUAGAAGGGAGUACACUAGGCAGCAGCUCUCGUGAUGGGGAUCGAAGGACCCCGAACCAGCGCAGAUCGCAGAGCUCCGGUGGCUUUUUGCUGGAUUCGUUGCCUCGAUCCAACAGUAUCAGAAUUAGUUCGCACCGUUCGCGUCCAUCGGAUACGCCCAUCGAGAGACGAAAUUCCCCCGACCCUGGUAUCGUGGUACCUAAGAAGCGAUCCCGAUUUCCGUGGAAUCGCCAUAAGGACUCUGCCUCCGAGUCAGCUGCGGCUGCUACAACACCGACUCCAGCAGUCAUACAACAGACUUCGACGCCGCCUCCAGAUGACCAACGAUCUCACACCUCUUCAACGGCCGAGCCAUCAGCGCACGAUACGCAGCGAACUACAACGGGGCUGGAUAGAGACUCCUUGCAGAUUGUGAACUUGGCCCUGAAUCUCAACGAAUCUCGAAGAAGAAAUGCUUCUGGAUUGCCUUUGACUUCUAGUGGCCGCAGGCCGUUGUCUGUGUCUCAGCCUAUAGCACCACCCGUGGACCUACGUGGCCCAUCUUCAAGGGGAAACCGUGUUUCGUACGAAUAUUCACAGCGCAAUUAUACCCAAUUUCCAGAGGAGGUGCCUCGAGUCCCACAGCAAAGCAGUCAGUCCCCGGUGGUGGAGUAUCUACCAGCUACUGUGGUGAAUGACAAUCGGGCCUACGAGUUCUCUGAUAGCACUCUUGCUCGGGCGGAAAGGGCUCGCCGUCAUUUUGAUCUAUUUCACGAAUAUCUACGACUGCUGCCUUUGUUACCUCCUCUUCGGAAUGGCCCAACUGCGGGGGAUGCUGAUUCGUCAUCCAUUUCGGGCCAUAAAUCAGCAGCUAACCGUGGCUAUAAUCCCUUGCAAAUGAUACGAAACAGAAGGAUCAGAUAUCGAGAAAAAUGUCCAAUACAUGCAGAGGCAGAAGGUUGGCUUGACACCGGAAAGGUCCAUGAUUGGAUUAGCACCAUCGAGGAACAGUACAGCCCUAAUAACUACGAUGAAACACAAUCUAUCCAGCUUCCUUCUUUCAAGUCAGGCCAAUCGCAUAUGUCCCAGGGGGAUCCAGAGGACCUAGAGUUGUUGGCUGCCUCGCCCCCGUCAAGCCUAAGGCGUGUGAGCCGUACAAACAGUGUGAAGGCACCUCGGCUACGUCUUGACUGGAAGAUCUCACCUGCCGAACUCAUAGCAGAUGUUGCUUGGAUUGAGGAUUUAUCUAACAAAGCCAAGAUUGUCGACAAGGAUGGUAACAAGAUCUAUCCAGAUUCCGGGGAGCUCUCCUUGAUUGACCCCGAGGCCGAAUUUGCCGCUGCACAGAGAGAACACCUUUCUGUCGAUGUGGGACAUUCUGCAGACGACGGACCCCCUUCUCGGAAUACAUCCAUGUCAAGUUCCCACCCUGCCCGUGCUCCCGAGUUCAAAAGUCUGAAUCGGGGUCGCCAUAGACACAGAUUCCAAAGCCACACCCAAGGCUUGCGAAGCCGCAGUGCUUCUAGUUCGCGGAAGCGUUCACGUUGGGACAAGAUGAAAAUGCGUUCCGGCAGCAUUUCUAGUGAGUCCAGUGCAGACGGCCGCAGGUCAGUGGAUCAAAAACAUUCAAGCCUGGAACAUUCGCGCAGGGAUUUGGAAAGAUUGUUGCAUGGAAGUCUGGCAGAGUCAUCUGAAUCUCGGAAAUCCCGCAAAAAGUCCUCAACGGCCGGGGCAGUGCACACAGACCGGAACAAUCCAGCCCAAAAUGCAUCAAAUAAUACAAGAGCGAAAUAUGCCGCGAGAAAAGCAUCGUUUUCCUCGGCUGGGAGCAUAGAAGAUCGAUCUAACCAAAGGAUGUCUCUGGAGGGAAUGGACAGCUCAGUCCCCAAUUCUCCUGCCCAGCCUAGUUACUUCCCCAGCAUCGCUGUGAAUUUAUCCCCACCUUCAAGUCGAUCCCCCUCGCCUGCUAAGAAAGGUCUGCGGCACAAGAUCGCCUCGCGCCAUGAAAGGAGCAAGAGCAAGCAAGGAGACCGAGAGCUUCGAGGGUACGAGGAUGAGGACUCUCGCUUGGCCAGCGUAACUUCUAAUCCCUUGCCGCCUCCAUCUGCGCAAGCUGAAGGUGCCUCUAAGCUUGAGCCAAGCCCUCUUCCCGACAUUGUGUCUUCUUCUUAUGCCGACGAUGGUAUGACUGAGGGCCAAAAAGUCGACUCUUCCAGAGGACGAAAGGGCCAGAACCCUCCUGAGUCUAAGCUGCGUGGAAUCUUGAAGGGCCCGGGCCGAAUCGCAGAAAAAGUUGGGAAUGAAGUUUCCAAGGUUGGAGAUCUCAUCUUGAAAAAAGAUGUACCUCCCGACUCUCGGAAAUCCUCGUCAGCAACGACCCUUGCGUCGGACUCUAGCGACUCGGAAGAGGAAGAGAAAAGAUCUGAUAAGCGGAGAGGUCUUCUGCGGCGCCUUCCGACGCUCGGAGACGAACCCGGGCGCCUUACUCGUCGGGAGUCGGAUAAGGGAACUCCUUCGAGAAGCUUCAUUUCGACAUUGCCCAGCUUCACGUCCCCAUUACGACAAGAUGAAAGAAGCGCAUCGCAUGAAGCAAUAGACUACGGUAGUCCUCGUGAACGUGGGCCUGCGUCACGGGAGGCUUCCAAAAGAAUGAGUCUAUCCCGAAGCAAAACCUUCGACUUCGGCCCUGCCUUAAGCGCAAACCGUGGUCACACAAAGCCACACGAAAUCAGGGAUCCUUCAGUACCUUUUAGUCUCACCCGUCCCCCCGUCACUGGUCUUGCCCAGGCUUCCCCUGGAUCUCCGUCAAAGAAAAGGCCACCUCUCUCGGGCUCUACCCGCGCCUGGAGUAUUUCUGGCCGCAGUCUUCAAACCUUGAACGACUCCGGCAUCCCUGGUAAGACGGAAGUUGAACGAACUCGAACGCUUCUUCUAUCGUCUGGUAUCAAAGCCCGGGAGAUUGUACGGCGAGCGCAUACUGUGCGCGAGCCACCUCCCCCUUGGCUUCAAAGCUCGAUGGGCUCCACUGCAUCUAUUCCACGAGUAUCCAGGAUCGGUGAAUACGACCUUGCUGCCCAAAACUUUCUGCGUAGGUUUGAAAUGACUCAAUACUCUUUUCAACAAUCAAUGCAUCACUUCACCACCACUACCUCCUCUCCUCUGCACACGCAGUUGAAAGACCUGGAAACUCUCGUCAAUCAAUCCCUCACACCUCGUGUGCGAGCCACAGCCGAUGAUGCCGAAAACCUGUGUGUGCAACUAAACACGACAAGCACGCUGGCAGUAAAAUCACUGAGCGACGCCCUCGAUAGAGGCGUUAGAAAACGUCGUCGCCGACUGCGCUGGGUACGACGUGCUGGUUUCGUCGUACUAGAAUGGGCUCUCGUCGGUAUGCUGUGGUGGGUCUGGCUCAUCGUUAUGGGCUUCAAGCUCGUGCGCGGUGUCUUUCGAGGGGCCAUCACUGGUGCAAGAUGGGUCCUCUGGCUCUGA